GAUAGGAAGAAUAUGGUGGCGUCCUGUGAGGCGUUUCAUAAGGAAACUGAUUAUCGUCUAGCCUAGUAAUAGAGUGUAAAAUCGAUUCACAGAGAACGACCUCGUGAGGUUAGCAAAAGAAGCAAAAGAAAAGGAAACGCAAAAAAGCAAAAGAGGAAGCUAUGGGUUUUCAGUAUGUGCUAUUUACAUUGCGUACCUGUCGCACCAAUGUCAGUGGUUUAUCCAACCGACUGACAUGUAUGCCGUGUAUACAGCGGUUUGUGCUAAAUAACACCGAUAAUCCAACUUUCUUGAAUCAAAUGAGAUGGCAUUCAGCUAAACCUCAAGGGCAACUUUACUUACUCAGCAGUAAGCAACUGCGGAAUGUCCACUCUUUCACGUCAACAGCUGUCUUAAACGAUGUUAUAUUGUUUGAACAUGACCGAACUCGCUUCUUUAGAUUCUUGGCUCUGUUUUGCGGAGGUCAGUUUAUAUUUUGGACUUACUUGGCUUACUUUGCAUUCACGGGCCUUCGAAACACUCAAAAAAAUAAUAACGGCUCUCAAAAAAUCAAAGCUGAAUUAGGACUUUUCAGUUUUGACAUGAACCUCGGAUCUAAAGCUUGGAGAUUUGGAUUCACUCUCGGAUGUCUUGUCAUCGCAGGAGGAAUUGUUGGUCUGGGUAUGCUGUUCACCUGUCGCUCUGUCAGUCGUGUGGUUCUGCAUAAGGGAGGCAGAAAGGUGACAGUGUCUACCCAGUCCCCCCUGGGAGUUAACAAAGCAUGGUGUCUAACAGUGCCUUUGAAUCAAGUGGCUUGUCAUGCCCAUAGACAUGAAUCACCCUCCUUCAUUCCUCUCAAAGUCAAAGAUCACAAGUUCUACUUUCUUUUGGACAAAGAAGGGACACUAAACAACCACAAACUAUUUGAUGUCACUGUUGGGGCCUACAGACCUCUAUAAAUGACAGAUCCUUCCAGAACUGUAAACAAAGACUACAGUAUCCAAAAAAUAUCAGUCUUUUGCUGAACUACUUUUUGGGGUAUUUUUAUUUGUAAUCUUACACAUAAUUUUAAUCUACUCUCCAAGUGUUAGUGCUUCUUUAAUAAAGUCUUAAACAGCAA